CCACCAUGCAUACCCUUACGAGAAAUUAUUGGGCAGUCCGUGAAUACCUGAGCCCAGUGUUGAAGGAGAGCAAGUUCAAGGAGCAUGGAAGGAUUACCCCUGAGGAGUUCGUUGCUGCGGGCGAUUUCCUGACUUACAAGUUCCCUGUGUGGACAUGGCAAAAAGGAGACGCGUCAAAAGCAAAAGAGUAUCUUCCGACUGACAAACAGUACUUGCUUACUCGGGGAGUCCCUUGCUUACGCCGAGCCGCGUCCCUGGCAUAUACAGACGCAGAUGAGGAUGCUGAGCGUAUGGUAUCUGCCAUGGACGGGACAGCAGCGGAGGGCGAUGAAUGGGUUGAGACGCAUGCAGGUCGCAAGAGCUCACAUUUAUCAGGAGAACCAGGUGAGAUAGAAGAUAUCCCGGAUGCAGACGAUGGACAUGCAGGAGGCGCUGCGAGUGCUAUGGCAAAUCUAUCGCUGUCUGAUUCUAAGGGACCACGGGCAAAUGAAAUACCUGAUAUGGACGAGAUACCUGACAUGGAGGAGGAUUUAGAAGGAGAGGAAGAUGAAGCUACGGCUGCUCCUGUCAAAGCUCCUACUAGUAAACCAACCGAUGCGAGCGUGGCAGAGCCUUCUAAAGCUAACUUACUGCAGGUUAGGACCUACGAUGUUAUGAUCACGUACGACAAGUUCUACCAGACACCUGCCAUCUGGUUACUCGGUUAUGAUGAGAAUGGAACACCCCUCAAACCGACUCAAAUCUUCCAAGAUGUUCCUGCAGAUCAUGCCUUCAAAACCGUUACAAUCGAGCCAUUUGCUCAUUCAACUAGUCUCCAGGCUGCCCUCGUCCACCCUUGUAAACACGCCAGUGUCAUGAAAAAGAUCAUCGAGCGCAUGAAUGCUGGUGUCAUAGAGGAACAGCGGAAGCUCAGUGGUGCAUCCGCAUCCGUGUCAAAGGACAAAGACGGCAAGAAGAAGUGGAUCUUCCGACGCGGGUCAAGUAACAAAGACGAUAAAGCUCCUCCAAAUGCUGGUGAAGAAGAGGAUGUGGAGGGUAUGAGAGUGGACUAUUACCUGGUUAUUUUCUUGAAAUUCAUUGCAUCCAUUGUACCAACUAUCGAAGUGGACUCGACCACGUCGUUCUGACCAGAUUUGUUUUGUGAUGACUAGACAUACUUUUCUCUUUUCCAUUUAUGAGUCACAAAGAAGAUUGAUGUGUAUAUAUUCCAUUGAAUGUUAACUAGGUGUACGACUUUAUACAAGC